AUGGCACAGGCAGAUGAGCCCGGUGCGGGGCAUGUGCCAUUCUCCGACGUCUAUACUGUCCCGAAGCGCAACCUUUUUGGCCGCGACUGGAACGGAACGGAUUUGUACUACACUGCCUUUAUCGGCGGAAUGCACCUGCUCGCGCUGGCGGCGCCUUUCACGUUCUCUUGGGAUAUGGUGGCGCUGUUUUUCGGGUCGUACUUUGUGACCGGCUGCCUGGGCAUUACUCUGUCGUACCACCGGCAGCUGAGCCACAAGUCCUUCACAACGCCCAAGUGGCUCGAGUACAUCUUGGCGUACUGCGGAGUGCUGGCCGUACAGGGCGACCCUUUGGAAUGGGCCAGCAGUCAUCGCUACCACCACCUCCAUACCGACACUCCUCUGGAUCCACACUCGCCGUACGAGGGCUUCUUCUGGAGUCACAUGGGCUGGCUGCUGGACAACCGGGCCACGAUGGAGCGAGUUUCCAACCGCAGCAACGCCGAUGACCUGGAGUCCCAGUGGUAUUACCGCUUCCUGCGUGACACGUAUGGGUGGCAUGUGGCAGCCCAGUUGGCGGUUCUAUUCCUGGCGGGCGGCUUGCCGGCCGUUGUUUGGGGCGGAGCGCUGCGCAUGGUUUGGGUGUGGCAUAUCACUUGGUUCGUAAACUCGGCGUCGCACUGCUGGGGGUAUCAGGACUACGACACGGGCGAUCUGUCCAAGAACAACUGGUGGGUGGGUAUCCUGGCUUUUGGCGAGGGCUGGCACAACAACCACCACGCCUUCGAGUUCUCAGCUCGCCACGGCUUCGAGUGGUGGCAGGUGGACAUGACAUGGGGUAUGGUUUGCCUCCUGGAGAAGCUGGGGCUCGCGAGCAACAUCAAACUGCCCACCGAGCGACAAAAGGCCCGCCUGGCGAUCAAGAGGCCCGCCGCUGGCGCCGCCUAAAUGAUGUCGAUACGAUUCAAGAGUAUUGCUGCUCCUGCUCCUCCUCUUAUGUCCUCGCCAGCGGGAGCUCUGUCGGUACAUGUACGGCCGCGGUACAUUGGCUCCGGCGCCCCCACCGGUGUAUAUGCCAUGUGAGAGCGCUGAACUUGAGAACUGAGGGGGCGAUGAUGGCGAUGCGUCAAGGGCUUUUGUUAGUUUGGUAGUAGGAAGCGGUUUCUUCGGUUGCUGGUUUUUGGCGUACCAAUGUUCAGCGGGAUGAGGUUUGGGGCGCGGCUACCUCGCCGAGGUGGCUGCUGCAUAUGACAUCGCAGGGAUUUCUGGCCUGUGCGAUGAGGGGAAGAUGGAGCGAGAGGCGAGGCGGUGGCGGCAGGCGGCAGUUGCGGUGAAGGCUCGACGACAAGGCUCGGCGAUGACGACGACGAUGGGGGAUGUACGUUGGUGGAUGUGAUGCGGAAAUCGGGGGAAGGGGAUUCGGAUGAGCGAAUGAAAAGCGACGGAGCGGCCUGAAGGGGCGAGAAACCGCGAAGGGAGACGGAUUUCGCUGAUAGCUCUUUUGCAUGGGAUGUAUUUUAUAGCCUUAAGGUUGACCCUUGGGCCAUUGCGGCCAUACGCGUGUCGAAGAUG